AUGGAUGUAAAAACUGCUUUCUUAAAUGGUGAAUUGGAAGAAGAGAUCUAUAUGGAUCAACUGGAAGGCCAUGUUGUUGAAGGUAAGGAGCGCAAGGCUCCCAAGCAGUGGCAUGAAAAGUUUGACAAAGUGCUACUUUCUAAUGGGUUUCUGAUCAAUGAUGCAAAUAAGUGUUUAUAUUGUAAAUCUACUGGUAACUCUUGUGUAAUUAUCUGCUUAUAUGUUGACGAUAUGCUUAUUAUGGGAACUAAUCUUGAGAUUGUUACAGAGACCAAAUCAUUUUUAGCAUCAAAUUUUGAUAUGAAGGACAUGGGUAUAACUGAUGUGAUUCUUGGGUUCAAAUUUACAAGAAAUUCUGAUGGCAUUUGUCUAUCUCAAGAACAUUACAAUGAGAAGAUUUUGAGGAAAUUUGGAUACUAUAAUUGUAAUCAUCUUUCUACACUUUAUGAUGCAACUACCCAAUUAAAGAAAAACAAAGGUAAAAGUGUAUCGCAGUUUGAAUAUGCUCAAAUCAUUGGUAGUUUAAUGUACUUGAUGAAUUGUACCCGACCUGAUAUUGCUUAUGCAGUUGGGAGGUUGAGCAGAUACACUCAAAGUCCAAAUAAGGAACAUUGGAUUGCCAUAUCAAGAGUAUUGAAAUAUUUGAGAGACACAAUGAACUUUGGAUUGAAAUAUAGUGGAUUUCCCGCUGUACUUGAAGGAAAUAGUGAUGCUAAUUGGAUAUCUGAUUCAGAUGAGAUGAAAUCCACAAGUGGGUGUGUGUUUACAAUUGGUGGAGGUGCAUUGUCUUGGAAAUCUUCUACAUAA